AUGGGGUUUGGGAGUGAGUGUAAUGUUGAAGGAGAAGGAGAUUUACUUGCUGGAAUUUCGUGGCCUCCAAGAUGUUAUACAUGUAGCUUUUGCAAGAGAGAAUUCAGAUCUGCUCAAGCACUUGGUGGCCACAUGAAUGUUCAUAGAAAAGAUAGAGCCAGAUUGAGACAGUACUCCCCACCAAGGGAUAAUUAUAACAAUAAUGCUCAGUUUUCAGUUCUAAAACGUAUUCAUGAUCCUAACCCUAAUCUAAGUUCAAACCCUAAACCUAGUUUUUCAUCUCCAUUUGCAACAUCAUCCCUUUUGAAAAAAUUUCCCCCUUUCAAUUCAGCAUUAUCUGCAUUAGUUCCUCCCUCUUUUUCAACUCUGUCACCAUCAUUUUCUUCAGCUAGUGUCUCUGAAAUAAAGAAAUGGGGCAAACAAGUUGCAGCAGAAGUCAACUAUUCAAGUCCACUAACAGCGGAUUUGACGAAAAUGAAAACUACGAAGGCAUUUUUCGGGGUUGAAAAUUUCGGUUCAUUUGCGCAUGAAACAAGAUGUGAAGUCAAGAAAGCAGAAAUAGUUAAUCUGGAUUUGGAAAUUGGCCAGAUUAGUCAAUCAGAGGACUUGGAUUUGGAACUCCGGCUAGGAUACAGUUAG